UUUAUUUCAUACAAAUUAUUAACACUUAUGUUAAGCAUUUAUGCAUGAGUUUCACAUGCAGUGAAUGCUGAUUCGUAUACUACACUGAACGUGCAACAGCCAAAACAAAAGUAGUUGUACCGUGUAACGAUUAAUAAAUGAUCAAAACGAAUCAUAAAUGACAUUAAAUAAUAUUGAGUCGAGGUUCGUAGAGCGUUUACUAUACGUAUAAUGUGAUGUGUGUCUAUUUUUCAUUUCCAUUUAAUAUUUUGUGUUAUUUUAUGAGCAUUAAAUGCCAAGGACUUUAUUCGCUUUGUAAUGGAGGAAGACGAUAUAACAAACAAGGAGGACGCGGUGAAAGACGGCAAUGCAUCCAUCAGUAAUAAAUUCACAACAUGUACAAUAUGCAAAAAGAAAUUUUCGGAUUUCCAAAGUUGUUUGGAGCAUGAAACAUACGCACAUACACGAAAAAUUCCCAAAGCUGUCAAUAGACAAAUAAAUCGUCUAUCAAAUGCAAUCACGGAUUCCAGCGUUGUAGAGUUUCACUCCGAAAUAUCCGCAGCCCUUAAGAAUUCCGUGAAAGGAGAAGAAUUAAAUAGUAUUUUUAAAUUGGUUUGUUUGAAUAGCGAAAAUUUAAGUAUAGUAAACGAACGGAUCAAAAAUGAUGUUAUGAAUGAAUUAAAAACAAAAUUCGAUUAUUUCGUUGUUGAUUUAUUUGGUUCCGUCGCUACAGGUUUAGCCUUAAAAGAUUGCGACAUAGACAUACAUAUAAAUCUGGGAGAAAUUGUCAAGACAAAACAAAUGUAUUAUUUUAAUAAAUUGAAUUCUUUAAUACGGAGAAGCGAGAAGUUUUCCGAUGUUUACGCUUUACGUUCAGCCAGAGUACCGAUAGUGAAAUGUAAACAUACAGUUACGGGCUUUAGUAUCGAUAUUAAUAUAUCGGCGCCCAACAGUUUGUAUAACACACAAUUCCUAAGAGAUGUACUCAAAACUGAUAAUCGUUUAUAUAAAUUUGUGCUUUUCGUUAAAUUUUGGGCUAAGAACUCGAAAAUUGUUCGUACGGGUUACUGGACUAGUUAUUCCCUUAUUAUACUUGCAUUGUUCUAUCUGCAACAGCCAUAUCCGGAUCUAAAUGGAGAGGCUUUAUUCCCGCCAUUAAGUAAAUUACAAAAUGCGAUAAAUCCAGUUUAUGUUGAAGGCGUCAAUUAUGCUUAUGAUAAAAACUGUUUCCGCAAAUUACCCACCAAUGUAACUACCAUUGAACUAAUCAAAGGGUUCUUCUCAUUUUAUAACGAAUUUGACUUCACGAAGAACAUUAUUGCACCGUAUCUAGGCACACCAAUAGACUUGGAUGCAUUCAAGGAAGGCAAAUUUAAAUAUACCCAAUUAACAGAACAAUUAAAUAAACUAUCUGAAAUAAGCAGUAAGGUGUAUCCCUUACAGGUUGACCGCUCCGUUAUAGUGCAGGAUCCAUUCUGUUUAAAUCGGAAUAUUACAAGUAAUGUUUCCUUUCAAUAUUUGAAAUUUUUAAAAGACUGCAUAAGUUACGCUCACACUACAUGUAUUCGCGCUCGAACAAACGAUGCACAAAUGCUUGAAGCUUUAAUAUGCAACGUUGUUAAAACUGUAACCAACCAGAUGGUCAUGACUUUCACCAAACCUACAAUUCUUAAAUACAACAUUAAGCCUUCACGUGCUGAGCUACGGUUUUUAGCUGAUUAUACGAAAACUACAAAUGCCCAUGAAAUUUAUAAUACAUGGGUUAAUGAAUAUACCGCUGCUAUAAUGGCGAUAUUUGUAGAAAUAUUCAAGUUGCAUGUAGUAAGAGUAUCAGGAUCUGAAGAACUUGCAGAAGACUCUCUAGAAACCACACAUCUGUUAAUAAGCGGUACUGUUGACCUAUGGUCUGGGCGCUCUUAUCAAUGUUUUAAUAAUGAAACUUAUUUCGAUACUCAAAUGCAACAAACCGAUAAACUAUAUCAGGAACGAAGUCAAAACAAUAACUUUGCAGUUAAUCUAAAAGCUAUUGUCAAUAUAGUAGCUUAUAAAAAUGACGGUAUAGAAAUCGAAGCAAAAUACGACAAUCAAGAUGAAAUAAAAGCAAUGUCCAAGAAAGAUGCAUUACGAAAACUAUUUCAAAUAUUUAAAUGUAACUUACAACAGUUUAAUUUAAAACAAUAUCUGAAAAAGUAAUCAAAUUUUACAAAUUACCUGACUAAUAUUAACAUCAAUUUAUAUGUUUAUUGUUAUUUUUUUUUUAUUUUAUUAUUUAUUUUUAUUAAUUAAAAUUACUUAAAAUCACAGAUUAUAAAAUACAUAAGAAUGAAAGGCAAAAAUAUUAGCUAAACAUGUAAAAUGCAUAUUUCAUAUUGAAAUAAAUUUAUUUAUUUU